AAUUAAAUGCUCCAAUUUAUUUGCAGUUAUGUGUCUGGAGGAAGCUUUAGAUGAACACAAAUAUUUCACUAAAGAAAAACUUACAAUAGAAAUACAAGAAAAAAACAAAUGCUUCACUAUACAAAACUUAAAACAUACAUGCUCAGACAAACACAAAAUACAAGAAAUGCAGUGACUAUUCUGUAGACCAAACCACAUGAUAGGCGUCCGUGGUGAGGCCAUGCGGCGUCCGCAUCAAGUGUGGAAAAAUGCCAUGCCAUACUUAAUCUAACCUAACCAUACCUAACCAAACCUAAUUCUAGAACAUAAGAAAGGUGCUGUGGCCCUAACUUAACCUAAUUUGGAACAAAAGUUUAGUAAAUUUUUUUGUACUAACAGUGGUCGCCCAAACACGCCCGUACAAUACUGCCCACAUGUCCACAUUCACUGCAACUCUGAGAUAAGAAAAAAGGACUCAAACGUUGCGCCCGAGGUAAAACAGCACCCGGAGCAAAGAAAAAAAAAACGUUUCUAUCCACACUUUCUGAUUUCCCAGUCAGUGAUGCUAACCACUACACCACAUCAGCAUUGCAUCAGCAUAGUGAAUUCUGCAACCACUAAUCUUGUGAUUCGGUCGGUCUGGUCCACAGAAUAAAACGGAUGCUUAUCCUGUGGUCUGGUCGACAAAAUAAUCACUGCGUACAAGAAACUGCUGAAGAAGUAGAACAAGAUGGAAAGUACAGAGUGAUCCAGGUGAGACGACAUGAGGGCUCUUCUACAGGUUGGAGGGGUGGCCAGAAGACGUGCACUAUGGCGUUUAUCACAUUCAAGAAUGCACUCCACUUCACCACACGUGGAGUACAAACCAAUCAAGAAAUUACUUGUAGCCAACAGAGGCGAGAUUGCCAUCCGUGUGUUCCGAGCAUGCAACGAACUGGGCAUUCGCUCAGUGGCCAUCUACUCCGAGCAGGACAAAAUGCAUAUGCAUCGGCAGAAAGCGGACGAGUCCUACCUCAUCGGAAAGGGUCUCUCCCCGGUCCAGGCUUAUCUCAAUGUGCCAGAAAUAGUCAAGAUUGCUCAGGAAAAUAACGUGGACGCCAUCCAUCCUGGCUACGGGUUCCUUUCAGAAAGGGCUGACUUCGCUCAGGCAUGUAUAGAUGGUGGCAUCCGUUUCGUUGGACCAACACCCGAAGUGAUGGCCAAGAUGGGGGACAAGAUUGCUGCUCGCCAAUCAGCUAUCGCCGCAGAUGUGCGAGUGGUGCCAGGAACUGAUAGUCCAAUAACAACGACGGAAGAAGCAAUGGAGUUUGUGAAGGAACAUGGGCUGCCCAUCAUCUUUAAGGCUGCCUAUGGAGGAGGGGGUCGUGGAAUGAGAGUGGUCAAGGAGUCAAAGGAUGUGGAAGAAAGUUUUCAGAGGGCAUCAUCUGAAGCCAAAUCUGCCUUUGGCAAUGGUGCCAUGUUCAUUGAACGGUUCAUAGAGAGGCCCAGGCACAUCGAGGUGCAGCUGCUGGGCGACCAUACGGGUGACGUGGUGCAUCUGUACGAACGUGAUUGUUCUGUUCAGCGAAGGCAUCAAAAAGUCAUCGAGAUAGCCCCUGCUAUUAACUUAGAUCCCAAGGUACGGCAGGCGAUACUGCAGGAUGCUGUAAGGCUGGCCAAGCAUGUUGGUUAUUCAAAUGCUGGUACCGUAGAAUUUCUGCUAGAUAAAACAGGGAGGUACUACUUCAUCGAGGUUAAUGCCAGACUACAGGUUGAACACACCAUCACGGAAGAGAUCACUGGGGUAGACCUGGUGCAGUCGCAGAUUCGAAUCACAGAAGGAAGGACUCUAAAGGAGCUGGACCUUGUGCAAGAUAAGAUCAAGCCACAGGGGUGUGCCAUUCAGUGCCGUGUCACCACUGAAGACCCUGCAAAGAAUUUUCAACCUGACACUGGACGCAUAGAGGUUUUCAGAAGCGGUGAAGGCUUUGGCAUUCGACUCGAUGGAGCCUCUGCAUUCGCUGGUGCCAUCAUUUCUCCGUACUAUGACUCCCUCUUGGUGAAAGUGAUAUCUCAUGCCAAAGACAUGAAGUCUGCUGCUGCAAAAAUGAACCGAGCAUUGCAAGAGUUCCGCGUCCGUGGUGUCAAGACAAACAUUCCAUUUCUGCUCAACGUAUUUCAAAAUGAAGAAUUUCUUGAGGCGCACAGCAUUGACACCCACUUCAUCGAUGAGCACCCCGAGCUUUUCAACUUUGUGCCCACACAGAAUAGGGCCCAAAAACUGCUGUACUAUUUGGGUAAUGUCAUGGUGAAUGGACCCAUGACUCCCCUGGCUACCCCGCUUAAACCAUCUGAGAUCAGUCCAGUUGUUCCAGAGAUUGACCCAGGCUUGAUUGUAGAACGUGCUACCCACAGCUCUGUGCCUCACCAGCAUGACGGAACCCGUGGUCCACGUGAUUCCCGUGCUCCAUGCCCUAUCUGCGUGGAGCCUCCUGAGGGCCUGCGAGAUGUGCUGUUGCGUGAGGGUCCUGAAGGCUUUGCCAAAGCAGUGCGCAAUCACGACGGCCUUCUGUUGAUGGACACAACAUUCCGGGAUGCCCACCAGUCCUUGUUGGCUACUAGAGUGCGCACCUUCGACCUGCUCAAGAUCAGCCCUUUUGUUGCACACAACUUCAACAGGUUCUACAGUCUCGAGAACUGGGGUGGUGCAACAUUCGACGUCGCAAUGCGAUUCUUGCACGAGUGCCCUUGGGAGCGGCUGAGAGAGAUGAGGCAAUUGAUCCCGAACAUCCCAUUCCAAAUGCUCCUGCGUGGUGCCAAUGCUGUUGGCUAUACUUCUUAUCCAGACAACGUUGUCUACAAAUUCUGUCAAAUUGCCAAAGAAUGUGGCAUGGAUAUAUUCCGGGUUUUUGAUUCUCUUAAUUAUGUACCAAACCUGCUCCUUGGGAUGGAUGCCGCUGGAAAGGCAGGUGGUGUUGUGGAAGCAGCCAUAUCUUACACGGGUGAUGUCUCAAACCCAAACAGGACGAAAUACAACUUGGAUUACUACCUCAAGCUCUCCGACGAAUUGGUCAAGGCUGGUACACACAUCCUUUGCAUCAAGGACAUGGCAGGUCUGCUGAAGCCACAAGCAGCACGCCUGCUUGUGAAAGCACUGCGGGAUCGCCACCCAGAUGUUCCCAUCCACAUUCACACUCACGACACAGCUGGUGCUGGAGUGGCAUCCAUGCUGGAGUGUGCAGCAUCGGGUGCUGACGUGGUGGACGUGGCUGUCGACUCCAUGUCUGGCAUGACCUCUCAACCUAGCAUGGGUGCAAUCAUUGCGUGUCUACAAGGUUCCAAGCACAAGACACGGAUCUCUCUCGAGAAUGUGAGCAAAUACUCCGCCUACUGGGAGCAAGCACGUACCCUGUAUGCUCCAUUCGAAUGUGCUGUCACUAUGAAGAGCGGCAAUGCAGACGUGUACGAGAAUGAGAUUCCUGGUGGCCAGUACACCAACCUUCAGUUCCAGGCAUUUAGCUUGGGUCUUGGAGAGCACUUUGAAAGCAUUAAGAAAGCAUACAAGGAAGCCAACAAUCUUCUUGGAGACAUUAUCAAGGUGACACCAUCAUCAAAGGUUGUGGGUGACUUGGCACAGUUUAUGGUGCAGAAUAAACUCAGCAGUAAAGAUGUCCUAGAGAGAGCUGAAGAGCUGAGUUUUCCUACGUCAGUAGUUGAGUUCAUGCAGGGCUACAUAGGAAUGCCGCAUGGUGGAUUUCCGGAGCCUUUGCGAAGUAAGAUUCUAAAAGACACCGUGCGGAUCGAGGGACGUCCUGGUCAGACUCUGCCUCCCAUGGACUUAGAAGCCCUCAAGAAAAAGCUGGUGGAAAAGCAUGGGCCAAAGGUAACCAAUGAGGACGUCAUGAGUGCAGCAAUGUACCCAAAGGUGUGCGACGACUUCCUCACCUUCCGAAACACAUAUGGACCAGUAUGCCUACUUGACACGCGGGUCUUCCUUGUUGGACCCAAUGUUGGAGACCACUUUGAGGUGGUUCUAGAAAAAGGUAAAACUCUUCACAUUAAGACCCUGGCCGUUUCAGCGAAUGUCACAGAGGAGGGGGAGAGAGAAGUGUUCUUUGAACUCAAUGGACAACUACGUUCCGUGUUUGUCAAGGAUCUGACGCUCAGCGAGGAAAUUGUGGUGCACCCAAAAGCUAACAAAGAUGUCAAAGGCAGCGUGGGGGCACCCAUGCCAGGCACAGUUUUGGACGUCAGAGUCAAGGAAGGGGACACAGUGAAGAAGGGUGACCCCCUGGUGGUGCUAAGUGCCAUGAAGAUGGAGAUGGUGGUACAGGCUCCCAUCGCAGGAAAGGUCAAGAGCAUCUCUGUCACAAAAGAGAUGAAGUUACAGGGAGACGAUCUCCUUGUGGAGAUAGCCGAAGAGCCCUGAGGUGCUAUGUUGUACAAGUGGCUGUCAGUUACUUUGCUGCAUGGUGAUAGCAGCCUGUAGGAGGCUGUCUAGGCAGUAGGAGGCUGUAGCUAAAUGCUCUGUACUGCACUGUGCUUCAAAGCCUCUAGUCUUAAUAGUAGUCUCAUACUUCAGGGGUUCUUUGAUAGUGCCACCCGAAGUCUUUCAUGCCUGUUGGAAAGCAAAGUAGCACUGACAACAGCUAUCAAUGUCAGCAAUAUUAUUUUUAUCGAGUCUUCCAAACCAAAUGCCCGCUUUGGCACAUCUUUGUUGCAAUUGAGCAAAUAACAAAGUCUAAUAAAGUGUUUAUUGUAUACAA